AUGCCAGUGAAGAGGCCGCGUCAGAACAAACCCGGGCAGAAGUUCGGGGCUAAGAAGAAGUCGUGGGUGUGGGUGUGGUUUGUUCAGGAUUCUACGGAUUCCAAUAUCGCAGCUUGUGACUACUGUGGGAAGAUUAUCGUUAGAUUGGCCAGUGAUAAAGGCAGUCCCAAGAAGUUGAGUGAGCAUUUGAAGGUUCAUAAAUUGGAUAGACAUAGUAUUAACUAUUCAAGAAGUGUGCCAAUGGAUGGAUUUGGUGUUACUUAUAAUCACAAUGGACAAGUUAUGGCACAAGUGCAACACCAGGAUGCGAUCAUGGAGCCAUCUACAAAGAAGCAAAAGACAAGCGACCCUGAUUUAGCAAGCAAUCCAUUUGAAUUGGGUGCUUCAUCAAGAUACUUGUGUGCAGAUUUUGACAAUAGCCCUUAUUCAACAAUGAAGUUCCAUAAGCAUUUAUUAAAGUUUCUCACCGAUAAUAAGCUUCCAAUCAGUGUUAUCAAGUCGCAGUCAUUCCAACAAAUAGUGUAUGAUCUCCGCUCCAAUUCAAUUGAAGAUUUAUUGGAAUUGACUGGGUUGUAUAAUUCCUUGAUCGAAGUAAGUGGAUAUGGACCUCGCGAGGGUAAUAACGAGAGUGAAAAUCCAAUUAAUGCAUUGACUAAUGUCGUUGCUAGAGCAUCAAAGUAA